UCGCAGCGGGUCAUUUAAUAAGAGCCAUUUGGAGCCAGAGGCGACCCGGAGCGCGCAGGAGCCGCAGCAGCAGCAGCAGCAGCAGAUCAUCAUAAUAAGAGCAGCAGUCAUAAUCACAGAGGCCAACAGCAGCACAUUACUCCACACAGGGAAGAACAACACACACACACACACACACACACACUCAGAGAGAGAGAGAGAGAGAGAGAGGGAGAGACACGGAAGAGAGAGAGGCUGAGUGAGUGACGAACGGACGGCAAAGAAACACACUCACACGCACACGCAGUGUCACUUCUUCACUGUGUUGGAUAAAUUCAAAAACACCCACAGAAAGCAAAUCAAAAAAUAAAAGGGAGCGGAACCCGAAGAGGAAGGAAGCCGAGCUUGGUGAAGAUGCCGCGGGUAGUUCCGGACCAGAGGAGCAAGUUUGAGAAUGAGGAGUUUUUCCGCAAGUUGAGCAGGGAGUGUGAGAUUAAAUACACUGGCUUCAGAGACCGGCCCCAUGAGGAGAGACAAGCUCGCUUCCAGAACGCCUGCAGGGACGGACGCUCAGAAGUAGCCUUCGUAGCGACGGGUACCAACCUCUCACUGCAGUUCUUUCCAGCCAACCUGCACGGAGACCAGCGGCAAGUUCCUACAAGGGAAUAUGUUGACUUUGAACGAGAGACAGGAAAGGUCUAUUUACGAGCUCCUAUGAUAUUGAAUGGGGUGUGUGUGAUCUGGAGAGGCUGGCUCGACCUGCACAGGCUGGAUGGGAUGGGAUACCUGGAGUAUGAUGAUGAAAGGGCUCAGCAUGAGGACGCUCUGGCCCAGGCGGCGUUUGAAGAGGCUCGACGCAGAAACAGAGACUUUGAAGACAGAGACCGAUCACACAGAGAGGAUCUGGAGGACCCUGUGGUUUCUAAAAUCUGGGACUGAUGACACACAGACAGACAACCAGCAGAAAAGAACAGGUCCAGACGACAGCAGGACCCCAGCCCUGGCUCAAACAUGGCCAACGCUGAUGUAGAGCACAAGAUGCGCUGAGGAGGAGGACGAGGAGGAGGAGGAGGAGGAGGAGGAGGAGAAGGAGGAGGACAAUAGUGAUGAUGAUGAGGAGGAGGAGGAAGUAGUGGAAGGAGGAAGAGGAGGAAACCAGGGCUGGCAGUCCAUUCACUUUCAAUACAAUCAAUUGAAAAAGCAAAGUCAAGAGAAAGUGCAGUUGUAGACCAAUUGUUCCUCAUUGUUUUCUAACAGGUUUGACAUGAUAACCUUCACACGCCAAAGCUUUCCUUUCAAUAUCUGAAUGUAGAAGACAUUAAACGUCCUGAUUGAUUGAUUGUAUUGAUAGUGAAUUCAAAGAGUUAAGGCCACAACAGACCUGGGCAAAAAGUAUCUGAAUAUAUUUUAAUACAGAGGAAGGAACGUGAGCGGUCGUCGUCGUAAAAUGUGACACAUCUAGACAUGAAGUUGUCCUCAAGUCAGGCGAGCAUUUCAGACACACACAGGCAAUUUUAAGAUGUUAUUUUUUGUCCAGGUCUAAAAUUAUUUUAAGGGUGUGUGUGUGUGGGGGGGGGUGACUUUCAAGUACCAAAGGUAUAUUUUCUAUUAAUACAAGAUAUUGAAAAUAGAGAGAGAGGAAUCUCAUGGGGGUAGAGGGGUCAUUAGCGGGAGGAGGCGGAGGGGAGACAGAGGCUUUAUUUGGCUCAGGGUCAUGAUCGGGGCAUAUCGGUGAGGAUUACAUGUCGUGCAUUCACGUCAAACCUGAGGUGUUGACAAAAACAAUUCUGCGUUGCACAACACCUCAGAUUUGUUAAGAUGCCCUCGUUAACCCUCACCGUACCCAGCUCACUUCCUGAAACCUGCUGUUUUCUGAGACCAAAGUUCGCUUUGCUGGAAAGAGGGAAGGAGGGAGGAAGGAAGGGGAGAGGGGAUUAUAGAGGAAGAGGCUUAUGUUGAAAUUUUUUUUUCUUUUUUUAAACGAAGGCAAAUCGGAGAAAAGCAUCCAAAGAGAAGUUGGUACGGUUACAAAGUGUUUGUUGUACAAUAAUUUGAAUUAUUCCUCUAACCGUCAUUAUGCUGAGAAACUCACAACAACAACAACAACAGAACUGAAGGUUUUGUCUCAACAACCUCGAGGCAGGAUGGUCGACAAAGAAAACUGCUGCAAGCUCCACUUUCUUUGGCUCUGGAAGAAAAAUGUUGAAACGAUGAGGUGGUUGUGUUUUUUUUGUUUUUUUAUAGGGAGGAGUUUUGCGGGCGGGUUCAAUCAAACGUCCUUUGUCUUCCAAGGGGUUUUGCACUAUGAAAUACAAUCAGUCUUGUUCCUCAGUGGGGAUUCUCUGGACAUGCAUGUUAAACCAAACACAGUUGGAACUGUGUUCUCUGUUUGUUCCCUGUGCAGUCUAUUUAUCGUCAGAGCACUCUGUGCACAGCUUUGAUCAGGAAUAAGUGGGUGAUUCAAAGCUCUCUCUUUAGGUGUGUCCUUGCAAACAGCAGCACGUUCAAGGCAUCUGUGUCCUCCUGUAAGUCAGUCUGUGCGCACAUUUGCCCAAAAUCUCACAUUUGUUAUAACAUGAUACUGCUGUACUAUGAAACCACAUAAUUACAAACUGGUGUGAUUUUGAAUUUUUGAGGAAAGUGAAGGAGAAUGACGUUCUCCACGGCCUCAGAAAAUUUUUCAAAAGUCAAAUAAGAAAAAGAAUGAGUAUAUUUUUCCUCAUUUGCAGAUGGAUUUCUACCAGAAGUGAUAGAUAGCAAACUAUUGAAACGCUCAAAUCUACACUAUAAACAAUAAAAAUGCUAAAUAAUCUCAGAUCUAGUCUAUGCCAGUAAAUAUUAAGUUUAUUUAUACACUCCCUAUAUUGAUCCAUCAAUCACCCACAGAUUCCUCAUCACUGAAGGACUGGAAAAGCCUGCAGUCUACAUUAUUCCCUCUCCUGUUACAGCACUAGUGUAAUGAAAUGGUAUGUUUUCUUAUCUGAACUUUUUUUUUUGCAUGUGUGAAAGUCAUGAUGUUUACUUUUUAUAUUACUACUAUUUCUGUGUAUGUACUCAUUUUCGUCCACUUUCAGCUUUUGUUAUGAGCUAGUAGUAUCAGUAGCAGUAGCCCUAUGUUAUGUCAAGUUGAAAAGUGUCUCGAGAUGCCUCCCUCUGUGGGGUUUUGAGGACUUAUGUAAAUUGUAGUUUUCUCAUGCGUUUCCUUUUUAUUCAUGUUCUUUUUUUUAUUGUUUUUGUUUUGUUAAGAUUCUUCUCAAGGAAAUCCACUUCCUGGGUUAAAUACAUUGAAUGUGGAUUGACUCAAGCCCUGUUAUUAGGCAACAGAAAUGUUUUUACAUAUAUAUAUAUUGUGCAAGAAGAAGCUUGUUUCGUUUUCUAGUGUGUUUUACCUUGACAGCAUUCAACGGUUUUAUGAUCAUUACUGUAACCAAGAAAAACUUGUCGAUAUGACGUGUUCAGAAGAUUAGGCUUUACAUAAACGAAAAUAAUUUUUUGUACACUGUUCCGUGUGUUUGUAACUAUUUACAAUUCUUGGUGUUUUUGCUUAAAGUAACCAUUUGUGAAGAUUGAAAAACCACAUGAUGAUAGGACCACAAGUUGACCAUCUAUGUAGAGGUUAUAUCAGAGGUUAGAAUACAAAAGACCUGACGGGAACUGAUUGAACUUUAAAGCUAAAUCAAAUUUUUAAAAAUUCAGAUUUCUGCAACCCUAUUAAAGUUAUAUAAACUAUUAAGAAGACCAAAUCAUGGUUUUUUGGGCAUUUUCUGUGAAAUAAUACAGAAUUUUCAUCUUGUUAUUUGGAAACAACAAUUUGAUAUCUUAAGGUCAGGAAAUGACCUUUCCCAACAGAAAUCUCAUUGUAUAUCUAUUCCACAGAGAUUUGAAAGUGGAUUUUUGUCAUCUGGGCUCAGGUUGGUGUUGUUAAGUUGAAAAGUCCAGCAGAUGAGGAGCGAUGUGGCUUUGUUGACUGUAAAUAUUAAAGUAAUGUGUCAGAAGAAGGCAUGACAACAUGUGGGAGAAUUGUGGCUGUGUCAAAGUCAAGAUAAGUGGAGACUGACAGAGGAUUGGAUAUGAACAAUUACAGUUAGAAGCAAGAUGCAGGUAGCACGGUUUGGGGAUGGCUUUGGUAAGUUAUGAGUGAAGAUCCUAUAUUUAGACAAUGGGCUCAGCUGUUUACCUGCCACACUGCGAUGAAACACCAAUUUAACAUUAAUAUUACAAGCCAUAGGUGGUCUCAUUAAAUCAGAAGAUGCAAAAUAGUCUUUGACAGUGUAAAUAAAUAAAUAUAAUAAACACGUUUCAGCUUGUGGUCUCCGUCAGACUUGUGGAGGACCCAUAGAAGGCAAGCCGAAACAUGUUCAUCUGACAAUAGAGGUUUUCUUUGAGAAGAAGUAUGAAUGUUGCAGCAGUGUUGAACUUUCCUCACACUGUGAAGAGGUGCCAUAGUUCCCAGGUCUUAUGAACUUUACUACACUUAAUCCAACAUGAAGAUAAAUAGUUUCAAACACAUCAUCAUUUUAAGCAACAUAAGCAAGUAUAUAUAUGGUUAUCCUAAGAAAGUGAUUACAAUGUCCACUUUAUCCCCACCACACAAGCCAUCAUUAUUUCAUAAUUUUGAUGAUUAGAUGUAAAACACUUAGUUGACUCCCAAUCGUCCAGUUUUCUUAAUGCAGGCAUUAAGGCAAAACAUAAACAAACACUUUUCUUUCUUUUCUUACUUGUUCUUUUUAACUUAACUGUUUAUCUUUUAAUAUGUGUAAGUUAUUUAUACUUUUGUUUAAUAGUCAGAGAUCCAAAGAGCUCUGUGAUAUCUAAUGGCUUGUACACACCCUUUCAGUUUCUCUUCUCUGUGUGUGCGCAGUCUGUCUUGUCCUCUGUUUUAAGGUUGUGCUUGUCAUCUCAGAGGGAUCUAAAACAUGAGAUAUUCAAUUCAAAGUGUUGGAUGUUUUUCAUAAUAAACAUGUAUGAAUCAA